CUUUGUUUAUGAAAGCGAUGUGCUUGUGCUGCAGCGUGUGAAUACAGCUUGACGCAUAUCGCAAUGGACAGACUGGUCCUGAUAGAGAAGCUGAAAGAAUAUGGCGUGGGUCCACGGAAGCUCACCGACGACUUGUUUAAAGACGACCCGCCACUGCCGCGGCUCGGAGUACGAGAUGAGGAUGAAGAGGAACUGUGCCAUGAAAUAAUAAAAUCCACAUGCAGCAUUCCCGGAUGCCAGUUCUCAACAGAAUCUCUAUUAGAAUUCGUGAACCACUACAACGCCUCGCAUAGAUACUCGUGCAGUCAAUGCAAGAAAGUCCUCCCAUCGCCGCAUUUGCUAGACUUACAUAUACAGGAACAGCAUGACUCGUUCUUUGCUGUGAUGGCUACUAAGAAACCUUCGUAUUGCUGUUAUAUAGAAGAAUGCAAAGAAAAAUUCAUGAAUGCAGAAGAACGUCUAGAACACUGUAUUAAUGUUCACAAAAUGCCCAAAGAUUUCCGAUUCGACCAAAAGCCUAAAAACAAAAAGGCUAGAGCAAAAAAUAAAAAUAAAAAGCCGAACGAAGACAGCUCUAUGGAUGUUGAUAAAGUCACUGAACAAAAACAAUUCAUGUUUACAAAUAGAAAACAGAAGGCUUUUCCUAAAUAUACAGGAAAAAAGUUUACUACCGAAAAAGAAAAUACUACAGCAGAUGUAAACAUGGAUGAAGUUGUAAAGGACUUAAAAGACAGUUUACCAACUUAAUUAAACAAACAUUACAUCAUAACAGUUUAUUUUACUCUCACAAUCAUUACUAUUAAAUAAAUAAAAGGAAGCUUAUUACUACAUUUCAACAUGUUUAUAUGACUUGCAUAUAUUCAGUGAUAUUUUAUUAUAGUUUUAUCCUCAGCGUAGGUAUAUAUUAAAAUGUUUAAUUUUGACAGUGCAAUGGCAAACUAUUCGAGAUUCUUACUUAUUUAAACAUAGAACAACAUCAAAAUGUAUUAUAGAGUGAUGUCUAUAUUGUCUAUUUCCUGUCUUAGAGAAUAAAAACAUCUACAUAUCUAUGACAGGCGAAUAUUGCUGAUAGUUCAUGCUUAUUUACUCCUUUGCCUGAAUUUUGUCGAAUAUUGCCUUACACUAAUAAUUACGAAUAUCUUUUAGUCCUAUGACGUAAUUUUUGACUGCUU